AUGGUAUUUUUUGAAGUAUUUCAAGAUAAUCAGUGUUGGAAGGUGAUCAAUGUGUAUGGACCCAUUGCCACACCCGCUAAGAGGGAGCUAUGGCAAGAGUUAUCUAAGAAACUUAGAUCUGACAAGGAUGAGAAGAUUAUUAUUGGGGGGGAUUUUAAUGUGACCCUUAAUUGUUCAAAGAAAAUGGGAAGCUCAAUAGUGAAGAAUCGAAUCCAACAAGAUUUUCAGGAAUUUGUGGAUUCUAGUUAUCUAAGGGAAAUAGUGGCAAAUAACGACAAAUAUACCUGGACCAACAGAAGGCAAGGUUUCACUUGCAUUGCAGAAAAGUUAGACAGAUUUUUCCCCUUCAGUGAUUGGUCAAUGGUUCCAGGCUUGGUGGAGUCUUCAAUUCUUCGUUUUAGUGGAUCGGAUCAUUUCCCAAUCCAAUUGGUCUUUGCUUCGGACCCAUAUUCUGGUGGAUCCCCUUUUAGGUUUGAAAAGAUAUGGAUCAGGGAUCCUUCCCUCUUGGAUUCCUUAACUCAGUGGUGGCAGGAAUGUAGAAUUGGAAAUCACUCCAAGAUGUUUAUUUUCCCCAAGAACCUCUCAUAUAUUAAAGCCAAACUCAAGGAGUGGAUCAGGGUACAUUUUAAGAACAUUUUCACAGAAAUCCAAAGGAUUGAAAAUGAAUUGAGGGCUCUGAAUGAUGUGGUCAUAGCUCAUGGUAUGAGAGAUGAAGAGUUUGGAUUGGAGCAAAAGCUCAAAGCAAAACAAGCAAAAAUCUUGGCUAGAGAGGAACAAUUUUGGAGACAAAAGUCAGGAGAGUUAUGUCUAUAG